UCAAAGGUGUAACACCGAUACUGACCCAAUGAGCUUGUCUCUUAUUCAAGGCUAUUCUUCUGGUGAAGACGAAGAAGAACACAAAAACAUCCACGAUUCCGACGACGACGACGUCGGCGGCGGCGAACCCUCCGCCGCGACCCACCCGUCUCUAGGCGACAGAUCCUUCUUCGACCGCGUUUCCCAAAACACUUCUGCUGCUUCUGGUCUUCCUUCUGCAUUCGACGUAUUCUCCGAAAUUUCAGGACCUCCCCAAUUUCUGAACAAUAGCGUGGAGGAGUAUAACCCAGCAAGAGAUGCUGAACAGCAGCAAGGGAGGCAUGGCUCUCGGAGGCAUCGCAAAGAGAAGAAGGAUUUACCCACAGGUGCGGUGGUAGAGGCAAAAGCUCAACUAGUUGGGAUUCAUGAGCGAGUAAGAAGUGACAUCAAUGGUAGCCAACCUCCAACAUCAGCUGCCUUGAGCACUUCAGAAGAAGUCAAGCGGGUGCCAUCUGCAACCAAUCCUAAUGCUGAAGAUGCUGCAGAGCUUUUGAGAAUGUGCUUGCAGUGUGGGAUUCCCAAGACAUUCUCCAAUGCACGUGGAAUGGUCUGCCCUGUAUGUGGUGAUCGCCCUCCAAAGGAUACAAGCACAGAGUCCAAGAAGAAGGGAUCAACUAUCAAAGAUAAGGAAAAAUCUAAAAGGAUGAAGGGCCAGUCAUCUCAUGCAUCCUGGAAAAGUGAAACAGAGAUGCAUCUAAGGCAACAGUUUGAUUGACAUUAUCUGUGUGUUUCCUUUGUAGGUUACCUGGUAAAAUGUGACAUGUUUAGGACUAUGCUAUUAAAUUGAAAAACUUUCUUGUUAAGAAUGUCAACAGAAGUACCUACCACAUGUGACUGUAUUAUUAAGAUAUUUUUUUUAGUAAUUGAAGUUAGAUUUUGUUAAAAGAGAAAUCUCUUUUUGGCCUUCCCGAAUCCAAA